AUGUUGAUAGGAGCUGAACUCUUCUUCGACAUUCUGCAACAAGGUUCUAUUAGAUUAGGAAGUUAUCACCCGAUUUUACGUAACUCUAAGUUUGGAUGGAUUGUUUCGGGUAAUUACAAUAGUAUUGAAAGGUCUAAGAAAUAUGUAGGUUUGAUAACACAUUCUAAUUUUAAAUUAAAUGAGAAUUUGGUUAAAUUCUGGUAUUUGAAAGAAAUACCUAAGGCAAAUAUGCGCCUUUAUGGUUUAAAUAAACUUUGUGAAGAUCAGUUUGUAUCUAGUGUUUCUAGAAUUAAUAAUAGGUUUGAAGUUGCCUGGCCCUUUACACCAGAUUAUAAAGGACAAUUAGGUCAUUCAUAUGGUGUUGCACAUAAAAUAUUUCUUUAUUUAGGAAAGCGAUUUUACAAGGAUCCCAAUUUAUAUAAACUAUAUUGUGAGUUUAUUCAUGAAUAUAUUUCUAAGGGGCACGCCGUUCAAACAGAUAUUCCAAAAUCAGACAUUUUAGAUACCUUUGAUUCAUUCACCAGUAAUAAUGAUUAUUAUAUGCCACAUCAUGUUGUUUUUAAAAAUUCAGAUUCUAAUAAAAUACGCGUUGUUUUUGACGCAUCGACUAAAACUUAG